CCAACUUGUAAGAGUCUGGCACGUUUAGGAGUGUGUUUUAUUAAAUUGUUUAAUUAAAAAUAUUGGGUACUAUGUCGGCGCGUGGUCUGCUGCUCAUGGGCCAGUGCAUGCCCUGCAUCAAGAAGAAUGCCUCAAAAAUUCGAAUACGGCGUAUGGAGCUUGAUAAGAACCUUAACAUGUACUUCAAAAAAGACGAGUUCUACUUUGCACAUGAUCCACAGAAACUAUGCAAGACUGGCGAUGUGGUCCUGAUAAGGGAGCUGCCGGAGAGGUUGACACGUCUAAUUACACACGCCGUUGAGAAAGUGGUCUAUCCGCUUGGUGACAUAACCGAUCCUAUUAGCGGCAAAAAGGUUGUCGUCGGUAAAUAUCGUGAGGACAUUGAAAUGGCUAACCAGAUGUUUGGCAAGUCUGAAAAAGCCUUCGACUACGACAAAGCACCUCCGCGCGGUCGUUUGGAAGGCACCAAGGACUUCACACAUGGCGAAACUUACAUUAAGUAUCACGAGGAUGGAAAGGAUCAGCCAUUUGCAGUCUAGGACUAGACAUCUUUUGCCUAGUCUAUAAGUUUGUUAGAUGUGAAAAGUUUGUUAAUAGUAAAACUUCAAAUUUAUGUAUUUUAAA